UUUGUCUGGAAGAUUCUAGGUGGUAUCAGCACCAUUACAGGAUCAAUGGAAGGGAAUAGCACACCCUCUACUGACUUCACUUUCAUAGGGCUGUUUAACAGAAAGGAAACUUCAGGCUUUCUUUUUGCCAUCAUCACUGUCAUCUUCUUCACUGCACUGAUGGCCAAUGGAGUCAUGAUCUUCCUGAUCCAAACCGAUUUGCACCUCCACACACCCAUGUACUUUCUACUCAGCCACCUCUCCUUCAUUGACAUGAUGUACAUCUCCACCAUUGUGCCCAAGAUGCUGAUCGAUUAUGUGCUGGGUCAAAGGAUCAUUUCCUUUGUGGGGUGCACAGCUCAACACUUUCUUUACCUCACCCUUGUUGGGGCUGAAUUCUUCCUUCUGGGCCUCAUGGCCUAUGACCGCUAUGUGGCCAUCUGCAACCCACUGAGAUACCCUGCCAUCAUGAGCCGCCGGGUCUGUUGGAUGAUCAUAGCAGGUUCCUGGUUUGGGGGCUCUUUGGAUGGCUUCCUCCUAACCCCCAUCACCAUGAGCUUUCCUUUCUGCAAUUCCCGGGAGAUUAACCAUUUCUUCUGUGAGGCACCUGCAGUUCUGAAAUUGGCGUGUGCAGACACAGCUCUCUAUGAGACAGUGAUGUACGCUUGUUGUGUUUUGAUGCUGCUGAUUCCUUUCUCUGUGGUGAUUGCUUCCUAUGCCCGAAUCCUAAUGACAGUCCACCACAUGAGCUCAGUGGAGGGGAGGAGGAAGGCAUUUGCCACCUGUUCAUCUCACAUGACUGUGGUGACCUUGUUCUAUGGGGCUGCCAUGUAUACCUACAUGUUACCUCACUCUUACCACACGCCUGCCCAAGACAAAGUCCUCUCCAUGUUUUACACCAUCCUCACACCCUUGCUGAACCCCCUCAUCUAUAGCUUGAGAAAUAAAGAUGUGACUGGAGCUCUGACAAGGGCACUGGGAAGGUUUAAGGGUUCUCAAAAAGUGUCAGGAGGUGCCUUUUGA